AUGGCUGCAGUUUACGCCAAUGGCGCGAAUGGCGUGAACGGCGCUGGCAGCAUGUUCCCACCACCACGAUACUCGGAUGUGCCCAGCUCCAUCACCAUCUCUGUCGCCGAUGAUGAGGGAGGCCAGCUCGAUGUCGAAAUCCCCUUGGACGAGCAGAUCCAGGACGACCCAACCGAGCUAUGCGACAUUUUGGAGGCUGAGAAGAGCGCGACAUCGACGUGGGUCCAGGUCGCCGUCGCCUAUGCGAAGCGCAAGAGGAUAGAGACAGCCAUAGAUGUGCUGAGACAGGCCACUCAGGUCUUCAAUCGCGCGCGCGGCGAGGACAGGCUCAGCAUCCUCAACGGCCUCUGCUGGCUGUACCUGCUCAAAUGUCGCGAAGCACCGCGCGUCAGGCCUCAAAACGCAGAUGGAGAUGUCAAACUGAAGGAGUACUGGAUCCAGUCGGCUACUGGCGUACUCAACGACGCCUCCCGUAUCAGCCCCUCGCAUCCCCCGCUGUUCCUCGCCCGUGGUGUCUUAUACCUCCUCAAGGCUUCGCUCCAGGGCCCUGCGACUGCCGCCGGCUCCACAGUCAGCCCUGAGCGCAUGGAGACGCUUAAGCAGGCUGCAAAAUGCUUCGAAGACGCGCUGAGGGCAUCCAACGGAAGGAACCUCAUGGCCAAGAUGGGAAAGGCCCGUGUUCACUACUCCAUGGGCAAGUGGGCAGACGCUUUGAAGGGAUACCAGAACAUCCUCGAGAGUUCUCCCGACCUCCUCGAUCCAGAUCCGCGCAUCGGUAUCGGCUGCUGUUUCUGGCAACUUGGUCACAAGGACGAAGCUGCCAAUGCCUGGCAGAGAUCUCUCGAGCUGAAUCCAAAAUCCAAGAUUGCCUUGAUCUUGAUGGGUAUCUACAACUUUCAGCAGACUGCCAACCUGUCCACGUCCGAUCCCAAGUUCGCCGCAUUGAUCAAGAAGGCAACGGGUGAAUACAUCCAGCCCGCACUGAAGAUCGACAAUCAGUACCCCUUGAGUUGUGCCACGGUUGGUAGCUAUCUUGCUCUGAGGAGGGACCUUGCCAAAACCGAAGACGUUGCGAAGCGUGCCAUCGAGCUUACCGACACCAAUGCCAUAGCUAGUGAUGGUUGGUACCUACGAGCCAAGGUUGCGCACCAACAAGAAAACACUUCGCUUGCCGCGGAAUACUAUCAGAAGUCUGACCAGGCUCGAGGAGGCGAGGAGCGAGGGUUCGUACCAGCCAAGUUCGGACUGGCUCAGAUGAACGUCUUGAUGAAUAACUACGACGGUGCCAAAUUCCGUCUCGAGAAGAUUCUCCAGCAAUCGCCCAACGUAGAAGCGCAGACUCUCCUUGGCACCUUGUUUGCUGAGGACGUUUUUACCGCUCAGAACAACAAAUCCACCGAAGACAAAUCUGCAGAGUUGAAGAAGGCCCUAAAAUAUCUCGAGAGCGUACAGAGCGCGUGGAAGGACCCCAAGAAGAAGGUCACUCCCGACCAGUCGGUACUGCUCAACCUGGCCAGACUCUAUGAGACGGAACACCCUGAAAAGAGCCUAAAGUGUCUUGAGGAGGUAGAGCAGAUGGAGAUCGAGGCCAUUCCAGAGGAAGAUUACCCAGAAGGAGUCGAAGAGGGCGCCGAACUCACAGCAGCACUUCGCCAACUCCUGCCACCACAACUACUCAACAACAUGGGAUGCUUCCACUUCCAGGCCGAACGCUACGUACGUGCUCAGGAGCUUUUCCAGGUAGCCCUCAACGCCUGUGUUAAUGCAGAGAACCGCGACGAUACGAUCGAUACAGACGCACUUGUGACGUCUAUCAGCUUCAACCUAGCUCGAACUUAUGAAGCUGAGGGCCAAGCGGAGGAAGCUAAGAAGGUGUACAGCAGUCUGCUGCAACGACACCCCGAUUACGUCGACGCGCGCAUUCGUCUGACUUACAUUGCGCUAAGGGAGAACCCACAAGAUGAGGGCCCUAGGGCGAUGAAGGAUCUCUUCAAAGAGAACGAGGACAAUGUCGAGGUGCGCGCCUUGUACGGAUGGUACGUCAACAAAUCCAAGAAGAGGACGUCCAACUUCGCAGCGGAUGACGAGCAGCGGCUCUACAAACACACUCUGCAGAAGUCUGAUAAACAUGACCGCUACUCGCUUAUGGGCAUGGGCAACAUCCAUCUCGCCAUUGCGCGUGAGAUGCCUCGAAGUUCAGAACAGGAUAAAGAGAAGCGACGAAAGGGCUAUGAGCGAGCAGUGGAGUUCUUCGACAAGGUGCUGCAACUCGAUCCCAAGAACGCGUACGCUGCUCAGGGUAUCGCAAUCGCACUGGUAGAAGAUAAGAAGGAUUACUCGACAGCCUUGCAAAUCUUCACCAAGGUGAGGGAGACGCUCAAGGACCACAGCGUCUUUGUCAACUUGGGUCACACAUACUGUGAGAUUAGGCAGUACGCGCGAGCCAUCGAGAACUACGAAGCAGCCCUAUCCAGGAACAGGCAUAACGACCCAAAGAUUUUGGCUUGUCUAGGACGAACUUGGUAUCUCCGAGCGAAACACGAACGAAGCCUUGCCGGAUACCGAACAGCCCUGGACUACUCAAAACAAGCCCUCAAGGCCGCUCCUGCAGACCUCAACUCCCAGUUCAAUGUCGCUUUUGUCCAGUUCCAGAUUGCUUCACAGGUUCACAACCUCAAAGAGACGCAGCGCACGCUUGAGGAAGUCGAUGAGGCUGCAACAGGUCUGACUGAGGCAAUCGAAGCACUUGACAAGCUCGCUAAGGAGGAGACGCCACCUUUCCCACGUGCAGACAUUACCUCUCGUGCAAACAUGGGUCGUAACACUAUUGCAAAGCAGCUUGAGCGUGAUCGCGAGCAGCAAGCAAUAUACGAGGGAGAGAACGCGACCAAGCUCGACCAAGCGCGCCGUAUUCGCGAAGCUGAAGUACGUCGCCGUGAGGAAGAAAAGGCACGCGCGGAGGCAGAGGCUUUGGAGAAGAAGCGCAAGUACGCCGAAGAGCAACAGCGCCUACUCCAGCGUGACCGCGAGCUCAUGGAGAAACGCAACGAAGAAGAGCGUAGACGCAUGGAAGAGGAUGAGGACAAGGAAGUCCGCAAGGCAGAGCGGAAAGCGCGCGGUCCCAAGGGCCCGAAGCGGAAGAAGAAGAACGCUGACUCUGAUACCGACGAUGGUCUGCCUUCUGACGACGAUGAACCGCGUUCAAGGCGCAGGAGGACUACGGCUAGUGGCACCGAGGAUCUUUCCGACGAAGAGCGACCCCGUGAGAAAAAGAAGAGGAAGCUGGCUCGUAAGAGCGAACCUGUCGGUAAAUACAAGUCGGCAGAGUUCAUCGAUGAUGAGAGCGACGAAGAUGCUGCCGCGCCUGCCGACGAUGCUAAUGCAGCGGCGGGAAGUGACGAUGAAGGUGCCGCAACUGCAGCUCCUCGUACUCGCAAAGCCCGCGUCGUCGACGACGAAGACGAAGAUGACGACGCUGUCGCUGCACCGAAGGCGAACGGCGACGUUGCCAUGGACGAUGAUGAAGACGAGUAA